UUCAGUAAUAUUUGGAGUAAUUCUAACUCUUGAAAAACACACCAAAGGGUUACCUUUCAGAAGAGACCAGGAUUAUGCCUGUAGUCAAAAGGAUCAAAGAAUAGUAACCAUUUUAUUUUGGGGCUAAAUUUAUACCUCUCUGCAUUCGAAUCAUGUUCAGGAAUGUGAAGACUCAGAUGUCACACAGGACUGACCAGGCUUGACAGCGAUAACCUUUUCUGGUAUAACAGAGGGCACGCAUGACCGACCUGACUCGUGUGCUAUUGGGAGGCACAAACGCUGGAUUGGUAAUAAUCCUGUAAUCUGUACCCCGCCUCAAUGUGUACGGGACGAAAAUAUAUUUUCACAGUUGGAACACUUUGCCUUUGAUAGAAGUACCUAAAUAAGAGGCAAUGGGAGCAACACGGAAGACGGGGAUGAACGCAUCAGCUGGAACUGGAGUUUUUGUAUUGUCCAUGCUGUCAAUACCAAUCUCAUAUAUUUUUAAUUUUUUAGCUUAUACAAACAGCACCGAAGCGCUUGUUGUGGCAGGGGCGUUAAUUUUACUUAUCAUCGCAACGUCGGCUCGAAUUUGGCUAAGGAAGAAGCCACCUAAAGAUCCUCUUUUCUAUGUUUAUGCAAUAUAUGCAUUCUUUAGUGUGGUGAACCUCAUCAUAGGGCUUGAGCAAGAUGGUAUCAUAGAUGGAUUUAUGACCUUUUACUUAAAAGAGGCAGACCCUUACAUCAACACGGCACAUGGACACAUGAUUUCCUACUGGGAUGGCUCUACGCAUUAUCUCAUGUACUUGCUGAUGGUUGCAGCGAUAACAUGGGGGGCAAGUUACAGAGCUAUUGGCCUCUUCUGGGUGGGGUCCUUCUUAAUGCGUGUAAUAGUCUACAUUCCUGGCAAUGUUGUUGGAAAGUAUGGGACCCAGCUGAGCCCACUGUUCUUUGUACACUCGGUGUACAUCCUGAUCUCCGUGUGGGCAUGUUUUCGUGUCUUCAGGCAGCCCCCCACACUGGAGGCACUGUCCUCGAGCAUACAGGAAGCCCACCGGCAGAGUCUGGUGCAGAGGCCACUGGAUUUACUCUUUGCCAUCUACCUCAUCCUUGCAACUGCUUUCUGCAUCUUCAGAGGUUUGGUUGCACUGGACUGUCCCACUCAGUGGUGUCACGAUUACCUGCAGCACUAUGAGCCUUACCUGAAGGACCCUUCGGCCUAUCCAAAGAUCCAGAUGUUGGUAAACAUGUUUUACUCUGUGCCGUACUACACGAUAACGCUCUAUGGGCUGGUGGUCCCAGGCUGUGACUGGAUUCCUGACCUGACACUAGUGCACUCCGGAGCGCUAGCACAAGCCCAGUUCGCACACAUCGGUGCCUCCCUACACACCAGGACCCCCUUUGCCUACAGAGUCCCAGAAGCCAGCAAGACCCUCUUCCUGAUGGUCAACACACUGUACGGCCUGAUACCCCAAAUUCUCAGCUACCGCUGUGUUAACACCCCCCACUUCUUCCUUAAGCAUAGACAGGACAAAAAGGACUGAAUGGAGCAACAACAGAUAUUCUGUAAAAACCUUGGAAAAUGUGUAUUAUUUUGAGGCACAGGAUCAGAACAGUUUGAGAUUCAACACUGUAGAGCAGUGGUCCUCACUCCUGGUCCGGGAGAGCCGCUGGGUGUGCUGCUUUUUGUUGUUAUGCAGCAGUAUAAAACUGUUUUUUUUUCUUUCAGUUUUAUACUGAAAAAGCAUCAGUCUUUUCACUGAAAGGAAAAUUUAUAUCCUAUUUUGUACUUCUGGGGUUUAAAGUUUUAAAAUUAUUUUUAUUUACAUUACUGCCACGGGUAAAUAUUGGAUUCGUGAUUUUACUGAAUUGAUUUUACUGAUUUCUGUCUUGUUUCCAUUGUUUACUUUUAGUUUGAACUCUUUGAAACAUAACUUGGAAUGGUACUAGUUUUGGGACGAACUCCUUUACAAGGAUCAAGGGCUUAUUAAGUUUGAUAAUUGAACAUAUUUGCUACAUUAUAUAAAGACAUAUUAUAUUUCAUUAAUAAUACUUUUAAAUCUGUAGGAAACAGUACAAUUAUUUCACUCCAUUGUUUUAUGCUUUUAAUUCAAAUCCCAGACUUUAAUAUUGAAGUAGUGCCCCAGGUUCCUUUAACCCCUUAAGUCUCACAGGCGAGCCUGGUCUCACUCUAAUUUGAUGACAGGUGACCAAAUGUUCUGACCACUGAAAUCGGCCUGGCUCUGUGUUCUGAAAUCACCCCUAGUGGUUGAAGUUAACCGUAUGUUAACCAAAAUUGACGCACUCCAACACGUGUGUACAAAACAUUUUCGUGUCUAAAUUAAACCAUAACCUCUGUUACAAUUUCUUGCCGUUUGCCAACGGAUCUAUUGUGGCCCUGAGUGGGACAGUCCCAUGCAACCUAAUCUAUUAUUUAAUAUAUCUCUUCAUAUUUUAUAUCUAUUAUAUUUCUCCUUGCAAUUGCAGAAUGUCAUCAUGGGGUGUUGCUUAUCCAGGAUUCGGUAUAUGUGUACCGAUUUUCAGGGCAUGAAAAGCAGUGCAAUCAUGUUGCACAAGGGUUUUUUUGCAUUCAUUUCUUUUUUUCAUGGUGCAAUUUUCAAUCACUAUUGUUACAGGAUAUACUGUUUGAAAGCAUUAAAACUCACAGAUCUAGUUGUAUAACCUA